AUGAGCUCGCUUCGUUUCGUUUCUGCUGAAGCUUUAGUGUCCCACUCCCGGCUGGUUCAGGAGAACCUGGACAAUAUAGCCUACAACCUCUACCCACUUCUGUUCAAGGCCAGUUACCUGCUAGAACAGGCAGACGUAACCCGUGCCCUGCUGAGUCACUGGCCACUGGAGGAGUUCCGGCUGGCUGUGCUACUGAGGCCAAACACUGAUCACCCUGAAGACCUGCGUGAUCGUGCCUGCAAGGCCUGCCUGGAGGCCUGUAUGCAGGGCAUAGCUGACCAUGUGCUGAAAAGUGGAAACAACCGCCUUCGGGUAGCUGAUUUCACUGGCAUCCAGGAUGUACAGGUGCAGCAAUGUCCUUGUGGGAGGGCACUAGGAAGGUGGGGCCGUACCAAGAUGCUUGCUAGGACCUGCUGCCAGCUCCAAGGACAGCCCUGUACAGCUGGGGGCCCUAUUGAAGUCUUUGCUGAUCUCUUUGUCACAGAAGGCAACUUUGACAUGGUGGUACAGGCCCUGAAGCCAUCAGGCUCAGCACCUCUGCGGGUCUGUUGCCCUUCACUCCGGGCAGACAGCCUGAGCCCUGGGCAGCUCCUACAAGUGCUUGGCCUGGCUGGGCCAGGCAACCUUAGAAAGUUGGAGGUAGUACACAAUGUACGGUUGCAUGCUGGCCACGUGCAGCAGCUGCUGGCCCAGGUGGGCUUCCCUCAGCUGACCUCACUCACCUUGCCCACCAAGGCCUUCGAUGCUCCCCCAACCUGUGCCCCAAAUCCAGAGGGCGAGGAUCUCCUCCUUACCUCUAUUGCCUGGGAGCUCAGCCAGAUGAACCAGCUCACUGAGCUAAGUGUAGCUUUCUCUACACUGACUGGGAAGAUCCAAACAUUGCUUAGCCCCUUGAAGACCCCACUAAGAGUAUUGGACCUAGCCAACUGUGCCCUUAAUCAUGAAGACAUAUCCUUCUUAGCAGACUGUAACCACACUGCCCACUUGGAGGUGCUGGACCUCAGUGGACACAACCUGGUACACUUGUACCCUUCUACCUUCUUCAGGCUGCUGAGCCAGGCUGCCCAAACGCUGAGAGUGCUCACCCUAGAGGAGUGCAACAUCACAGACAGCCAUGUUAACAUGAUGAUUCUGGGCCUCAGCCCUUGCAGCCAGCUCCAGCAGUUCAAGUUCCUUGGAAACCCACUAUCAGGCAGUGCUCUCCGGCGCCUUUUUGCUGCACUCUGCGAACUCCCUCGGCUGCGCCACAUUGAGUUCCCAGUGCCAAAGGACUGCUACCCUGAGGGUGCUAUCUACCCCCAGGAUGAGCUGUCAGUGUCCAAAUUCGACCAACAGAAAUACAACAUGAUUGCAGAGGAUCUGCGGGCAGUACUGCUUCGAGCUAACCGGGAGGACAUCCAGGCCUCCACCCCACUCUUUGGAAGUUUUGAUCCAGACAUUCAUGAAACCAGCAAUGAACUCGGUACUUUCUUGCUGCAAGCUUUCAAAACUGCUUUGGAAAACUUUUCCAGAGCACUAGAAGAAAUGGAGUAG